GGCUGCGUUCCCCCAUGGCUGUGGACAUGUGCCGGGCCGUGCUGCCGGCCCACGCCGGGCCCCGCGGGGAGCUGGGCGCGGGGCCGCUGCUGCGAUGGAUGGACGCCGCCGCCUGCCUCGCAGCUGAGAAACAUGCUGGGGUGUCCUGCGUGACAGCGUCCAUGGAUGACAUUCAGUUUGAAGAGGCUGCCAGGGUUGGACAAAUUAUUGCCAUCAGAACAAAGGUGAACAGAGCAUUCAAAACCAGCAUGGAGGUUGGCAUCAAGGUGACAGUACAGGAUGUUUUAACAAAUGCUGAAAAGAUUGUGAGUGUGGCAUAUGCAACAUACGUGGCCAAACCAGUUGGUGGUGGAAAGGUGGAGUUAAAACCUGUACAGCUUCUGUCUGCAGAAGACCACCUGGAGCACAGCCUGGCUGUUGAGAGGAGAAGAAUCCGUCUGGGCUAUGUCCAGGUCUUUCAGAAGCUGAUGCAGGAGAGCAAUAAGGAAGAUACUUGUGAAGAAAAAGAUGCAGUUUCAACUGAGCAUACCCACGUGCAGAGCACUGAGCUUGUCCUGCCUCCUCAUGCAAACCAUCAUGGAAAUACUUUUGGUGGCCAGAUCAUGGCUUGGAUGCAGACAGUGGCAAGCAUUUCAGCAAGCCGCCUGUGUCGUUCACACCCCAUCCUGAAGGCAGUUAACAUGUUCAAAUUUUGGGGGCCGUCCUUUGUGGGUGACCGCCUGGUCUUUAAUGCCAUUGUCAACAACACUUUCCACAACAGUGUGGAGGUUGGUGUCCGUGUGGAGGCUUACAACUGUGAGGAGUGGAUCCAGGACCAGCCGCGGCACAUUAACAGUGCAUUCCUCAUUUUUAAUGCUUUGAAUGACCAAGGGGAGCUGCUCACCUUCCCCAGGGUCAAGCCCACUACUCAGGAUGGUGUGAGGAGGUACCACGGAGCUAUUGCCAGGAGGAGGAUUCGACUCACCAGAAAAUGCAUGCUAUCUGCUAAAGGAGACAAGCCCUCUGAUGCCUGGGAGACAAGCAACCAGGCAUAUUUGAGUUACAGCAACGUAGCUGCACUGACACACCUGGCAGGAAAACCAGGAUGGGACAUAACCAAGACUCUGGAUAAUGUGAAAAUCUGGACCCACGAGGAGGGUGCAGUGCUGUCAUUCAAGGUGGAGAUGCAGGUGAAGGUCCCAUCCCACGUGGCCUUCUCCCUCCUGUCUGACUUCAGCCUCCGCCAGCGCUGGGACAGACACUUCCUCACAUGUGAGGUCCUGCAGGCUGUGAGUGAAGAGGAGAAGAUCUACCACGUCACCUCUGCCCCCACAGCAGGCCACCAGCCCAGGGACUUUGUGAUUCUGGUGUCCCAAAGGCAGCCCUGCCAGCCACAGGAGCCCUACACGGUGGCUGUCAGGUCCGUGACCCUCAGGGCGGUGCCCCCGAGCCCGGAGUUCUGCAGGAGUGAAAUCCUCUGUGCUGGGUUCCUGAUCCACAGCGACAGCAGCAGCUCCUGCACGGUGUGUUACUUCAAUCAAGUGACUUCAGGAGUUAUGCCUUACUUAGCUGCAAAUCUUACUGGCUCAUCAAAAUCCAUUGAAGACACUGCUUUGGAGUGUAUAAAGUUCUUGGAGCUGGAAGACAGCAAGUGCUGA